CGCAGCCGUAGAGCGCAUGCGCCAGACUCGGCUCGCCGCUGCCGCUGCUGCUGAGGUGCGUUGAGCUAAAAGCUGCUGAAAUAACUGUAACUGGUCUACCUGUGUCCGUCCUCUGACCUCCACCUGAUCCGGGUUUGGGAGGCGGUUGCCAUGGAGCCGGCCUGGCGUCAGCAGGGCCGGGGCCGAGGCCGGAGCCAGGAGGGUCACGGUGAAAGGUCACGACCUCCGCAGAAGGAGAGAGAGAGACCUGGAGCUGCUGCAGGAGCGUGGGCGGCGGGACGAGGAGCGAGGACGAAGACCGCCACAGCUCCUGGACCUGAGCCUCCACAGGGUGUGUCCGUCCAGUCCAAGUUCGAGGAGAUCAGGAAGUCCAACCAGGCCGCUGCUCAGCGCCUGGUGGAGAGCCGCAUCAGCUCCUCCUCCUCUGACGAAGACGACGACGGAGACGUCGACCACAAGGAAGGAAAGACAGGGAAGAUCCUGGAGUCCACCUUCACCACCUACACCGACCAGACAGGUGGUGACUCCACAGGUCUGGUCCGGACCGGUCAGUACGUCAGUGACCUGUUUCAGUCCGGAGCUCUCACCUGUCUGAUCUGCAUCGCCUCCGUCAAGAGGACACAGGCGGUGUGGAGCUGCUCCAGCUGUUUCUCCCUCUUCCACCUGCCCUGUAUUCAGAAAUGGGCCAGAGACUCGGUCUUCCUCGUCUCCUCCGUCACUGAUGAAGACUUCGGUCAGAAGCAGCACCCCUGGCCGUGUCCAAAGUGUCGAGCUGAAUAUCCUCCCAGUGCCACGCCCAACAGGUACAUGUGUUACUGUGGGAAACUGCAGGAUCCUCCAGCUGACCCCUGGUUGGUUCCUCACUCCUGCGGCUCCAUCUGUCAGAAGGAGCUCAAACCCACCUGUGGACACACCUGUCUGCUGCUCUGUCACCCCGGUCCCUGUCCUCCGUGUCCAAAGAUGGUGUCAGUCCCCUGCAUGUGCGGCAAAGCUAAGCCCCUCCCCCGUCGCUGUAGCAACAAG